AUGUCCAUCGUUUGUCUGAGGAUGAAGAUGAAGACAGAAACUCCAAACAGAAAAGAGGCAUCCUUCCCAAGCAAGCUACACAGAUUAUGAAAUCCUGGCUGUUCCAGCACAUUGUGCAUCCGUACCCAACAGAAGACGAAAAGAGACAGAUCGCAGCUCAAACAAACCUGACCUUGCUACAAGUCAACAAUUGGUUCAUCAAUGCACGGAGAAGGAUUUUGCAGCCAAUGCUGGAAGCAUCAAACCCAGAAAAAGCCAAAGCUAAAAAGCCAAGCAAGCCAGGCAACAAACCCCAGCAACGAUUUUGGCCCAUUCAGCCCAACAGUUCUGUAAAAGAAGACAAAGAUGACGAUGAUUCAACUCCCAAGCCACAGGCGUUGCCUCCGGCAUCACCAAGAAAGAUGUCAGUCUCAUCAGUUACCACUGCCGCAGCAUCUUCAGCAGCCAUUACAGCCACUUCUAUGGCUGAAAGAGUACAGCAGCAAAUUAUUGCCACGGAUACAACUUUGGCUAGCCAGGCUGAAGCUCUCAUGGGGUUUAUGCCCAACGGAGGCUUUGUGGUCAGAGUCAGCCCUGAGGGUCAUCUCAUCCCAAGUGCCCCCAUGGCCACCCACAACCCUAUGUCCAUCACCCUGGAGAAUUUGCAAGCUCUUCAGUCGAAUGGAUUCGUGUUCACCCCAGGCCCCACCUCUCUGCCUUUCAGCUUACCCUUGGGUGCCAUGUCACCCUCAGCAGGGUUAGGGGUGGGGCAUUUCUCCAAUUUAGCUGCUUCACCAAUGACAUUUGGAGGAUUAAACUUUGCUCCCGCCUACAACACUGCAUUACAGUUUGCAAACUGCAUCAACACCGCUCCGAUUGACCUGAGCACAAUGUCGGCCUCUACAGCUCUCCAUCUGGGCACACUGGCAAAUUCUGUGGCUCAAAAUACUUUUCAUCUUAGCAAUGCUGGCCAGAUGUUUUUUGGGGUGCCUUUACAGGACAACAGCGGGGAUCAAAGUUUUGGGGAUCCUGACGAGAGUGCUGAGGCUGGGGAGCUGAAAAUUGAUAUCAGUGACGUACGGGAUGUCCAUGAUGUCGGGGAAGGCUGA